UGCCGUAAAGCUAUUUGCGCUAAGCUGUCGUAAAUUCACAACUGGUUUAGAAUCGUAAACAAUACUGCUUUGCAGAACAGCGGAUUUUCUUUUUCUCGUUUGAGUUGUGUCACAUAAACAGGUACGCUGGAAUUUUCUGACACCCACUCGGACAUGUCCUAUGUCUUCAUCAACGACUCGUCGCAGACCUCAGUGCCCCUCCUGCAGGCCUGCAUCGACGGGGACCUGCCUUUUGCCAAGCGCCUCCUGGAGACGGGCUGUGACCCCAACAUUCGGGACAACAGGGGGCGCACCGGCCUGCACCUAGCAGCCGCCAGGGGGAACGUGGACAUCUGCCGAUUCCUCCAUAAAUUUGGGGCGGACCUGUUGGCCACUGACUACCAGGGUAACACGGCCCUGCAUCUCUGCGGACACGUGGAUACCAUCCAGUUCCUAGUGUCCAACGGGCUCAAGAUCGACAUCUGUAACCACAACGGGUCGACCCCUCUGGUGCUGGCCAAGAGGCGCGGGGUCAACAAGGACGCCAUCCGGCUGCUGGAGGGGCUCGAGGAGCAAGAGGUCAAAGGGUUCAACAGGGGUGCCCACUCCAAACUGGAGACCAUGCAGAUGGCGGAGAGUGAGAGUGCAAUGGAGAGCCACUCUCUCCUCAACCCCAACCUCCAGAACAGCGAGGGGGUUCUCUCCAGCUUCAGGACCACCUGGCAGGAGUUUGUGGAAGAUCUUGGCUUCUGGAGGGUUCUGCUCCUUCUGGUGGUCAUCGCUCUCCUCUCCCUGGGAAUUGCUUACUACGUCAGUGGAGUGCUGCCCUUCUCUACCAGCCAGUUGGAGCUAGUACACUAAGGGGGUUGAUGGGAGAGAGGGUGGAGGUACUGGGGGACAGGUGGAGACAGGAGGGGAUAGAUUAGAACUGAGGGUUUGGUGAACUUGGGCUACAUGCAGGAAAUCACUGGUUACAUCGAAAGGAGUGGGAGGAUUUGUUUAAUUAUAUUUUAUAACUUAGUUGAAUAUAAAUAGAGUAUUAAUUAAUAUAAAUUCCAGGAGAAAUUCCCACUCCCCCAUAUCUCGUACCUUUAAAAUCAAAUUGUCAGUCUUUCUGCAAUGGAGUCACGUGUCUUCUCAUGAGCUAUAUUUGACGUGAUUAGCCAGGGCUUCAUGUCUUUCUUAACUGUGAAGACGUUUUUGUAGCUCAGCCCCGUCCCUGUAAUCUUUCCUUGAAGGAUGCACUUGUUCACUUGAGUGAUUUUCAAGGGGAUGACUUUGUGUAGGAUACUCUCUGGGCCAAGCCCCCACUAAUAGUGAAGACGUGUACACUUAAGGAGUAAGUAGAUAUUAAAGUCACCUUUCCCCAGAUGUCGGCAUUUUCUACAUCUUGUACGACUUUCACUUAUGUACAAUUUAGAAUGUUAGUUGUUAACAUUUUUCUAACCGGGGCCAUUCAUGAAUGAGAAUGCAUAACUUCCUCUGUGUUCUGUUCCCUAGGACUAAACAAGUAUCGUACAGUGGUGUGUUGGCGAUAUCUUCCUAUUUUUAGUAUAACCCUCAAAAAUGGGAAAACAUUUAUUAAGUUUGCAUGUCAAACUUACUUAGAUUCAACUAUGUUAAACAGUAUUCUACUAUACGUGAGGAGAAAUGUUUGCUUUGCGGACCUUUUUCAUUAUGUCGUCGCAAUAUAUUUUUAUGUUUCAUUAAGAGCAAUUUUUUGGUGUGUUUUUCCUAUUAUUUUAUCGUCAUCUUUUGCUAAUAUUGUUUAAAAUAAUUUCCAUUGUUGGAUGAUUUACACUACAGGGAUAAACAUGAUACAAUUUUAACCCAAGUUAAAAGUUGAGGAUCUCCUCAGUAAUUAGGGAUACAAUAGAAAAUGUGUGGAAAAUUAGCCUGAGUGCUGUGGUUUGUCAGUGACACCAGUGGAGUUGGAUAUAGAGGACAAGAGAUCUGUGGGGUAUUCCAGAAAGCUGUAUUUGUUGUUUUUGCAAGCUCUGUCAAACCGCAACUUCAAUAUACUCUGAGAUUUUGGCUCAUUGCAACAAAUGCUGAAUAAAACCUGGAGCUUAUACACCAAUCAGAUUCUGUUAUAUCGCUGUCACCUGUCCCUUGGCAGAAAAUCCCAUUUACAUGGAAGCCUGCAUUCUGCUGCCUUCAUUACAAAGGGACCUUUUUAUUCGACAUUGAAUUCAUAAAAAAAUUAUAAUAAUCCACAGUCAUUUAUCUGGCCAACUUAUCAACCCUUACAUGCCCAGCGUCAACCAGCGCGGUUUCUCUGUGACCAUACCAACUUGUGUAUUGCUUUGAGAUUCUUCCGCUGCUGUUGCAAAAGCCUGAUUUAAAUUCUGGCAGAAAUUAUGUCAGAGGGAAUUUGUGCUUACACAUGUAUGGGUCUUUAACUUAAAUUGUUUUAGCUUACAGUUUCACUGCUAGGCUCAUUGAUUAGCCAAUUUAGGUUCAAACGAAAUAUAAGAACAUCAUCUUGGAAAGAACAUGUACAUGAACACUGUAUAUAAUUUUAUAAUUUCUUGUUCCAAACUACUACGUUUAGGCUCCAUUUUUUAAACUCUAUGAUGUCCAUUAAGUUUCUGUAAUCAUCAUGACAACCUUUUUCCAUAUUGUGUGAAAAUGCUAUUUGUCAGAUCAACCAAUCUGAUGAACAAGAACCAGCUGUUCUGCAACCAAAAACUCUGGCUCACUCAUCUGGUUAAGAGGAGUAGGAUGUCUUCAGGGAACCCUGAAUUUGUUAAGCCAUCUUUCUGGAAUUCCCUUCUGGACCAGUACUGAGUUACAUGUGAAUGUUAUUGAUAUCAAAGGGACUCGAGAUGUGCCCCUUCCAUCACCAUGUCAAGUACAAUAUUAACUGUAGAUUAGCACCUUGAUUGUGUGCCUUUGAAAGAGAAAUUAAAUGAGUGCUGCAUUUUAUCAGAAAUUCCCUUCAAGUUCAGUUAGUUGGCAGCAUUCAAAGUCCACUGAAAAAGGUAAUGUUGCUUUAAGAUAGCCUACAGUUUUAUGAAGAUGUAUUACAAAUGUUUGCUUUGUUGUGCUCUGUCACAUUGUAAAUUCUAGUUCAACAUUUUGUUCAGUUGUUUUUUGUUAUCUUGUAGAAUAACAUUUGAAGUAUGUAUCCAUCAUUUGAUGUUGAAAAUAAAUCAUGUAUAAAACUA